AUGUCUGCAGAAAUAGAGAACACAGAAACACAGCAUAAAGAAACUGAUUCUGAGGCAACGGCCACAGAAGAGUCGUUUAAUACGGUUACAGUUCACAGCGGAGGCGACUCAGAGUCUGAAAAAGAGACUGUCGAAGUGAAAACUGAGAUUGAGGAAAAGGUGCAAAACGCUGCAGCGCCGGACAGCAGCUUAGAGGAAAGUCCAGCGAAAGUCAGCGAGGACACGAACAAGAAUUCUAAAUCCAAGGAGGAGGUAGAACACAGUGAGGAGGAGGAGGAGUACGGUAAACAGCAGGAGAAGGAAUCUUCUGCCUAUAAAGUGAGAGUUUCUACUGCAGAUGACCUCGAUGAGAUGAUGGACAUCGGAACAGUGGAUCAGGUGGAGCAGGAGGCUCAGAUGAAGGAGGAGGAAGAGUUUAUGGACACAGAAGGCAGCCGAUCACCUGCUGCACCGAAUACAGUCUCGGUGACAGAGGACACCAAGUCUGUCGAGGAGGAACCUGAUGUGAAACCAACGACUUCAGACCUGAUCCAGUCCAGCUCGUCUCCAUCGUCUGAAGGCAGAGACAGCUCAUCUCCAGCGACAAUGUUGAACGGGAUGAAAGUGGUCAAACUUUCAGUACCACGAUCAGACUCUGAGAGGUUGUGUUCUGCUGACCAAACAGCCAGGUCGACUCCUUCGCCUCCUCUGGUCAAAGUAAAGGACGAGCCGGUGGACGAGGAGUACGAACAGGCGCUGGUUUCCUCGACGUCUACGGCCAGCGUGAAAGACGAACCUUCAAAGGAGGACUUGAGGAUCGGAUCCGUCUUUUCUGUAACUUCAGGUACCGAUACUCAGACGCUGCCCGUCAUCAACCCAUCGUCUCUGCACAUGUCGUGUUCACACUGCAAGAAGAACCUGAUUAAAGGACAGACGGCGUUCCAGAGGAAAGGUUCUCCUGCGCUGUUCUGCUCCACCAACUGCCUCACCACGUCGCUUCCCACCAUCAAAGGACCCACAAAGAUCUGCCACAACUGCCAAAAGUUGAUCUUUCGAGCUCAGGACAUCAUUCUGGCUCCGGAUGCUAAAGGAGCCAUGAAGGAUUUUUGCAGCCAGAACUGUCUGACCUCCUUCAACUACAAGAGAAACGCCUGCAACUACAGAAAGUCGAACAUCUCCAUAAAAACCCCGCAGCCAAUCGCACCACAGUCACUCUGCAGCAUGUGCACCAGAUACUGCAUCAGCAAACACGAAGUGAUCCUGAGCGGCGCCGUCCACAAGAUCUGCAGCGACGCCUGUUUCAACCGUUUCCGAACCGUCAACAACCUGUCGAUGGCCGGCUGUGGUAACUGUGGGUCGUACUGUCACAGUAAACCGCUGCUGCUGAAGAUGGAGGACAUCAACAAAACCAUGUGCAACACCGAAUGUUUGACCAAAUACAAGGAGAAAACCAAGAUAUCCCAGCCGUGUACGAUGUGUCGAACCACCCGUUUGCUGGCAGAGAUGGUCGACAACAAAAACAGCGACGACUCGGUGAACCUCUUCUGUAGCAGCAGCUGUGUUAUGGCGUUUAAAGUCCAGACUGUCAGUGCUUCAGGUGCUCGGUUGAAUUGUGACAACUGUGGAAAACACACGGUGCCGGCUUAUCACCUGGCCAUGUCGGAUACCUCCAUCAGGAACUUCUGCACUCUGCCAUGUGUCAUGACUUUUCAGGAAAAGUUCAAGAAGUCCCAGAAACAGGUGAACGUCUUUACGAAGCUGCCAAUCGGAUCGACCCAGUUCCAGACCGUCCCUCCUGCACAAUCACAAGAGGUCAAAGGGUCGUACAAGCUGAACUGCUUCCAGUGUAGCCGCAACAUCAACUUUAAACCUGAGCUCAUCCAGAUUAAGGACAAGAUAGUUUUUCUGUGCAGUAUCGACUGUUCACAUGAGUACAAGAAGGCCAACUACGUGUCGAGCCUGUGCGAGUACUGCAAGAUUGAAAAGAUGACCAGAGACGCCAAGAGAAUCAACAACAAAGACUGUUAUUUCUGCAGCGACGGCUGUAAACUCCUCUUCAGACACGACUUGAGUAAAAACUGGGGUAAAUACUGUCACUCCUGCGUUUACUGCCACUGUGUCUCCAAGAAGCUGGUGACGGCUCAGUACGGAGGCUCGACGGAGGAGUUCUGCUCUGAGGAGUGCAGGUCCAAAUACACAAUGCUCUUCUGCCAUGUGGCAAAGUGUGACACCUGCGGGCGUAAAGGGAAACUAAAGCAGAGUCUUCCUUUGCUCGGAGAAGUCAAACACUUCUGUGAUCUGAGCUGUCUGCUGCAGUUCUGCAGCAACAAAGUGGCAACUCAGGGAGAAAUCGCUAAAGGCGGUACAGGGGAGCCCACGCCUGUCAUCGCCAACGUCAUCUCGCUAGCUGGUCCUACGACGGGGAAAUCUAACGCGUCCGACAGAACCGCCCAGCAAAGCACACAGUCUCGAUAUGAGUUGAGGAACUCUUCACAUAUCAAUCGUCAGACAGAAACGUUGAAGGUUCCUCCUCCUCCUGCCCCAAAAAUCCUGAAGAACAAAGCUCUCCUCUGCAGGCCACUGGUUCAGAACAAAGGAGUCUCCUGCAAAACACAAACCACUGAUGUUGAGGCACAAACGGAUGAAGCCUAUCCAAAAGUCAUGGUGCUGCCGGUUCCUGUUCCGGUGUACGUUCCUGUUCCCAUGAACAUGUACAGCCAGUGUACCCCCAAACCCGUGGGCCUGCCGUUACCUCUGCCAGUGCCGAUGUUUCUUCCUGUGACGAUGAACAGCGCUGAACGCAUCGUAGAAACCAUCCAGGAGAUCAAACAGAAGAUCCCGUCUGAUCCGUACGAAGCAGAACUCAUCCUCAUGGCCGAGAUGGUGGCAGAGCAGGACCAGAAGAACGACAAGCAGGAUAUGGCAAAAGAAAAAGCAGUGACGAAAGAGACGGAGGCACAGGAAGCUCCUGCACCAGAUGACCACGUCAGUAACUUCAGCGACGACUUGGACACAGAUGAACUGACCAGUUUGCUGAACAACUGGGAUGACGCCUCAUCUGACGCAGGCCUCAAGUUACCAGGUCGACCGUACACCGCUGAGAGGAUCAACUCCACGUUAGACGUUGCCGAGUCCAGUGAGUCUCCUGAGCCCAAACCUGCAGCUCCACCUGUCAUGGACAUCGAAUCGGACUUCACUGUUGAAACUCUGGAGAGGAUGUCCCGGCUGAGAGAACAGUCCCGUAAACCUCCAAGUCCUCCUCCUGUGACUUCACGACGACGACAAGUUCACAGGAAAGCCAGAGAAAAGAGGGGUCGUAAGCCUCAGCGGGCGUCCAAAGCUGCUGAGUCGACGUCAAAGAAAGCUUCACCCAAAAAAUCAGCGGCUUCAGAAAUCCCGAGACUGAAGAGUCAAUACGGGGUUGAUGCUUGGAAGAGAUGGAUCCAGUGGAGGCAAACUCAGCCCAACCAGGAGAAACCACGAGUCGGCUCUCGUCCUCUGGAGUUGAAGGAGGAUGUUCUGCGCUGCACCACCGCUGAGCUCAGCUACGGCCUCUGUUGCUUCAUCAACGAGGUGAAGCGACCAAACGGAGAGCCCUACUCUGCCGACAGCCUCUUCUACCUCUGCCUCGGCAUCCAACAGUAUUUGUUUGAGAACGGUCGUGUGGAGAACAUAUUCAUGGAUCGCUUCUACAGCAAGUUCUCCAACGAGUUCACCAACAAGCUGAGAGGUUUCAAACCUUCCAUCACAGCCAGUGGUUACAUCCACUCCCGUGUGGAGGAGGAGUUUCUGUGGGACUGCAAACAGCUGGGAGCUUAUUCCCCCAUCGUCCUCCUCAACACUCUGCUCUUCUUCUGCUGCAAAUACUUUGGUUUCACUACAGUGGAGCAGCAUCGCCAGCUGUCCUUCGCACACGUCAUGCGCUGCACCAAGACCAACCCGAACAACACCAAGACGACCUUCCUGCGAUUCUACCCGCCCAUCUCCCUAAACGAGGCAGAGUCAGAGUUGGAGGCCAUUCAAGCAAAGAGGCGCAAGGAGGAGGAGAAUAAAGAGGACAUCCUGGAGAUGAUAGAGAACACAGAGAACCCUCUUCGAUGUCCGGUCAGACUCUAUGAGUUCUACCUCUCCAAGUGCUCGGAGUCCGUGAAGCAGCGCACCAACAUGUUCUACCUUCACCCUGAGCGCUGCUGCGUCCCCAACAGCCCGCUGUGGUUCUCCUCCACGCCGCUGGACGACAACACCAUGGAGGGCAUGUUGAUCCGCAUCCUGACCGUCAGAGAGCUGCAUCUCAAGGCCAAGAAAAAAGAGGGGAUGAAUCAACGGACGCCCGAUGACCCACCGUUUAUACCUGAAGACGAGGAUUCAGAGUGAUGAGAACAGAAGUGACCUUUUACUGGUGUUGCAGCUGGUGGUGUAAAUGUUUGUAAAAUAACUGAAACAUUCAUUGAAACAUGACCUAGUAAGCAUAAAUGGACUGAAUUAUACUUCCUUAAACCACAUGUUGAUCAGGAUUAGACGCACAAUACAAUUCAGCUCCACAUUCAGACUGUUCACUGCUGCUCAGCGGGACGCUCAGCGGUCCUCCUGUGUUUUGUGGUUUGCUUCUCACUGAUAAUGCUUCUCUUGUUUCCUUCCAUGUGUUACGAUUCCAUGAUCAUUCAUUGGAGUGAUGGAGGUCCAGAGUGAAGAGCUGCGUUGAGUUAAAUGUUGAUUUCUGUUGUUUUGGUAAUCAUCCGCCCCAGAUGACAAACUGAACACACGUCGUCAUGAUUUAGGUGCGAGUCAUUAACAAUCAUGUCCAGUGAAAAUCCUGCAGACUGUUUCCAGACUCGGUACUUUUGCACAGUCGUUUUACCCCGAGGUUGUUUUAACGUCAUUGUCAGAAAUUUAGGGAAUCAUUAAGUGAAUUGAAACACAUAUAGGAAAAUAAUUCUUAAAAAUCAUUAAUACCAAAGUGUAACAUGACAAUGGGUUUUUCUUUUUGCCUUCUCAUGAUUUAAUUAAUUUUCCAGUGGCCUUUACUUAUGAUGUGGAAGAUGAAUUCAGUUCACGCUUAAAAGAUUUGGUCACUUGAUUGUGAGAUUAUCAUUUAAGCUUAAUUUGUGUUUUUUUUUAAUUCUGUCCAGGAAUGGAGAAAUUAACAAAACUUGCAUUCAAUUAAUGGGAUUAAAAGCUGCCAUAUUGCUGUUUUAAAAGGUUCACAACUUUCAUGCAAUUUGAAAAAAGGAUCCAAAGUUUUCAGACUUUAUUUUGUAAUGAUAUUGUAUUCCUCUAAAAAAAUUCACCUUUAGCUUAACAAUCAGGAACAUCAUUCAAAAGGAAAAACAUCACAGACAUCCAGUUGAUGGGAUUAAAAAUGUAUCUACAUACUGUACAUAUGUUACAUUUGGAUAAUUCUGUUGCUGUUUAAAAAGCCUCACGACUUUCAUUCAGUCUGAAAGAAAACUGAAAUUGAUCUGCUUUUUAGUAUUUUCAAUUCAUUUUGAAGCUGCUGUUUCAUCCCCAACUUUUCCAAAAGCAGUAACUUUGCAAAAUGAAACCAGUAUCAUUUAAAUGGACAAAUGUUCAGUACUGGUGUCCAAUUGAGAUUUCUAAUUCAAGUAAGUGCUUUCAAGAAAACUUUUUUAAUUGGACUGACACCACUGUUUAAGCAGACUCAUGACUUUCAAUGUGGAAAAAUACACUACUUUUCAGAUUUUCAGUCUGACUUUUGAGUUCAUUUUGGGAAUGAUAUUUCAUCCAAAGAACUCCCUGAGAAUUUACCUUUUUCCAUGAACUGCAGUAUCAUUUCAAAGGACAAAUUCACAUCACUGUUGUGCAUUUAUUGGGAUAAAAAUGUGUUUCUUUACACAAAGUUCUGGAUUUUGACAUGACUGUUACUGCUGUUUAGGAAGACUCAUGACUUUCUUACAAUAUGAGAAAAUAACACUACGUUUUAUAAUUUAUCGGUCUGAGUUUUGAGUUCAUUGUGGGAUUACUAUUUCAUCCUUAUCUUCAGAUAAUAUAAUUUUGUCAAAAUAAACCCUGAUAUCAUUUUAAAUGGACAAAUUUACAUCUCUGGCAUCCAAUCAUUUGGAAAAAAAGAUGUUUGGGUCUGAAAACUGACUAUUACUGUAGGUACUGUGGAAAAGAAAUACACAACUUUUACAUUUUUAGUUUUUCAGUGAGAAUUUGGAGUUAAUUUUGCGAACAAUAUUUCAUUGAAAGCACCCACGAACUGUAUCAUAUAUAGUUAGUUUUGGGAAUGUCCUUUGCUUUUCCAUUAUCUUCACAAAAUAACUUUUUGCAAAACAAACCAUAUCAAUUACAUGGACAAAGUCACAUCUCCAGCAUUCAAUUCUUUGGAUAAAAAAAAUAAAAUAAAAUUUCUGGAAAUUAUUUGAAUGUAGCUGAUGUUCCUGAGAAGACUCAUGACUCCUAUGUGGUCUGGAAAAAAGUUUUGAGUCCGUUUUGGAAUGAUAUUUCAUCUUUUGCGUCCUCUGAGUUUAUUGUGUUGCAUAAAAUCCCCUGGUAUGAUUUGAAAUAGAAUAAACAACCCCUUCAUGUAUAUCUUGUUUCUUUUUUACCCCAGCUCUUGAGAGUAUGGCUGCCAAGGUUCUCUGAGUGUUUUCUAUUGUAUGUUCCUUUUGAAAUAAAAAAAAAUAUUCAAAA